UCGGCAGUUGAAUAGUAAAACUAUCUGACUCACGAGUUGAGUUGCCUAAAGUGGAGUUUAAAAUCUUGUCCUCUCAAAGUGGCAGGAGGUUUGCAAACGAUGACCAACUGAAAACGGUCGUUGAUCUUACCCCGCCAAACUCCCUGACAUACAUAUAAAGUGCAGGUACGAUUUCACAUAUGCACAAUAAACACCCCCACUCCUAAAAAGGCUUAAUAAAUUUUCUUCCUUAUUUCAGAGGCCGUGCCAGCGAUCAAGAUGCCUAUGCCAGACGAUGAGUGGGAAGAGGUUAUCCAGACGGUGCCGUCCGUGGAUGAACCAUUCAUCCAGAAAUACCUCAGCGGACGAGAAGCAUUAAUCGCCCAAGAAAAGAAGCAACGUAGCGACUAUGCAUUCCGCCAAUCCCUCUCCCCCAUCGCCCGCGAUGCCUGCGCAAUCGUCUCCCGCAUCCGCGACGAGGAGCGCGACACGAUCUGGACACCGCAGCUCGACGCCGCCGUGGCAUGCGAGAGCGAGACGGCCGCAUACCCCGGUAUGAUGUUCGGCCUUGCGAAGGAGACAAUGGAGAAGACGCGACUGUGGAAGAUAAUCAGACAGAUGCCCAAGGGUGCGCUGCUGCACGCGCAUAUGGACGCUAUGGUCGAUUUCGACUUUCUGAUUGACGAGCUGAUGCGGACGCCGGGGAUGUGUAUUUUUUGCGAGACGGAUUUGGCGACGCCGGAGAAGGCGGAGAAUGGGAUGUUGAGGUUCUGCUUUAAGAGUGCGGCGCCGAAGGAGACGGAUAUUUGGAAGGCGGAUUAUAAUAGUAAUGAUCCGGUGCUGGUGACGAGGGCGGCGGAGCUACAUCCUGGUGGCAGCGAGGGAUUUAUAAAGUACCUGAAGAACAGGUUUACGAUUUCGAGAGAGGAGAGCUUGCAACACCACCACGGUGUAGACCAUGUCUGGAGGAGAUUCCAGUCGAUUUUCGGCAUGCUUGCUGGUCUUACGUCUUACGAGCCGAUUUUCAGGGCAUUCUUGCAGAGGAUGAUGCAUCUCCUGAAUGCAGAUGGAGUCAAGUGGGUUGAUUUACGACUUGCUUUCGCAUUCCAGUUCCACAAAGAGGGGAAGGAGACCCCAGAAAAGGGGUACGUCGGAAUGUUCAAAGUCCUCGGCGAGGAAGUCGAGAAAUUCAAGGCAUCGGAAGAGGGCAAGGGGUUUUGGGGGUUGAGGAUGAUCUGGACAGGUCUCAGGAGAUUGGACCUCAGGUGGGUUAUCGAGGAUAUGGAUAACUGCAUCGAGGUUAAGCUGGCGUAUCCUCACCUAAUCUGUGGCUAUGAUCUCGUCGGCCAAGAGGACAUGGGAAGGCCACUGAAGGAGAUCUUGCCUGAGCUCUUCUGGUUCCGCAAGCAGUGUGCUGAUGAAGGAGUCAACAUUCCCUUCUUCUUCCACGCAGGAGAGACGUUGGGUGACGGCAACGAUACGGAUCAAAACAUCUUUGAUGCCAUUCUUCUUGGAACCCGCAGAAUUGGACACGGAUUCUCACUCUACAAGCAUCCGCUUCUCAUCGACAUGGUGAAGGAGAAGAAGAUUCUCAUCGAAAGUUGCCCCAUUAGCAACGAAGUAUUGCGCCUCUGCACCUCGAUCAUAUCCCACCCGCUCCCUGCGCUCCUUGCUCGUGGCGUGUCUUGCUCACUCUGCAACGAUGACCCUGCGAUCCUUGGUCAAGAUACCGCUGGUUCGACGCACGACUUCUGGCAGGCUCUUCAAGGGUGGGACAACCUUGGUCUAGCAGGUCUGGGCUCGUUGGCAGAGAACAGCGUUCGGUAUGCGGCAUUCGAGGAUCAGACCAACGCCGAGUGGCUCGAGGGCAUCAAGCAGGGCACUCUGGGCCAAAGUGUUAGGGGAGAGAGAAUGCGGGAGUGGGCGCUUGAGUGGGAGAAGUUCUGCCUUUGGAUCGUGACGGAGUAUGGGGAUGAUGCAGCUAGUAAGGCUUAAUGUGUGGGUUUAUUGGCGUCUUGGGAGCGGACCAGGGGACAAGGAAUAUUCAUCAUAGAUGGAUCCCCAUAUUUCAACACUUGGGGAUGUAGAAUUUGUUACUGUUAAAAUAUUAUCCAAAACAAAUAUGAUGACGUCUAUGUGAUAUGAUGGCCUGUAUGUCGAUACCUAGAAUUUCGGACCCCGUAUUUGUAAG